AACAACGCGUUGGUAAAAACAAACGCCUCCUCUAGAGAAAACCGAAAAUCAAAUAUUAAAAUUAUUAUAAGUGCAUUUUGUGCGAGCGUUCGGGUGUUUGUGCGUUUGAUCAUUCCGCCACAUUGGGAUUGGUAGGGGGCCAUAAACAAAUGAGGAAUAUGUGUAGUGCCAAAGUUAAUCAUCGAAAAGCAAAAUAAUGAAAUUUGCCGAGCACUUGACGGCCCAUAUCACGCCGGAAUGGCGCAAACAAUAUAUCAAUUAUGAGGAAAUGAAAGCAAUGCUCUAUGCCGCUGUGGAGCAGGCUCCCUCUGCCGAAUUGGUGGAUCCCGAUAUGCUGACGCGGUAUUUUGCCAAAUUCGAUGAGCAAUUCUUUCACUAUUGCGACAAGGAAUUGGCCAAAAUCAACACAUUCUAUUCGGAGAAAAUGGCUGAGGCCACACGCAAAUACGGCAAUCUUAGAAGUGAACUCACCGAGACACUUGAAAUGGGUACGGUGAAGAAGCAACCCGCCUGGAAAUCUAAAACCCCUCUGGGCAAGCGAAAUGUGCCGGCACGCAAACUCCAAGAUCUCAAAUUGGCAUUUAGUGAAUUCUAUUUGGGUUUGAUACUGCUGCAGAAUUAUCAGAAUCUAAACUUUACGGGUUUUCGAAAGAUUCUCAAGAAACAUGACAAACUUUUGAAUGUGGACUUUGGAGCAACGUGGCGUAAAAAUCAUGUGGAAAUUGCCCAUUUUUAUGUGAAUAAGGAUAUCGAUCGGUUGAUACAGGAAACGGAGACUGCCUUUACACACGACAUUGAGGGUGGUGAUCGCCAAAAAGCAAUGAAGCGUUUGAGAGUACCUCCUUUGGGAGAGGCUCAGAGUCCUUGGACUACCUUUAAGGUUGGUCUCUUCUCGGGUGCCUUUGUGGUGUUGCUGAUAACAGUAAUUCUCUCGGCCACCUUCUAUGGAUUUGGAGAAGAUUGGCGAGUGGGCUUGCGCAUGUUUCGAGGACCGUUUUUGAUUAUCGAAUGCCUCUUCCUGUGGGGUGUCAAUGUCUAUGGAUGGCGCUCGUCGGGUGUUAAUCAUGUGUUGAUCUUUGAACUGGAUCCUCGCAAUCAUUUGUCCGAGCAGAAUAUCAUGGAAAUAGCUUCGGUCUUUGGAGUUCUAUGGGCCAUAUCUGUACUCUUCUACAUCUACUGUGAUCUGCUGAGCAUACCCCAGUAUGCCCCACCGAUUUUCCUGUACACCAUUAUGGCGGCAUUCCUGUUGAAUCCCACCAAAACCUUUUACCACGAGGCUCGCUAUUGGUCCGUGCGGGUGCUGAGCCGUGUGGUUAUGGCACCAUUUUUCUUUGUGAAUUUCGCUGAUUUUUGGCUGGCCGAUCAAAUGAAUAGCAUAGUGCCUGCCUUUUUGGAUAUACCCUUUGUGGUGUGCUUCUUUCGUCAGAAUCCUUCAUGGAAUAAAAUGGGAUUGGAUGCUGGCCAUUACUGCAUUCAGGAUGUCUCAAUCGCGCGGCCCGUUGUUGCCAUUUUGCCCGCAUAUUUCCGUUUUGCCCAAUGUAUUCGCCGCUUCCGCGAUACCCGAGAAAGCUUUCCACAUUUGGUCAAUGCCGCCAAAUAUGCCACAUCAUUUUUUGUUGUGAUUUUUUCCUUCAAAUAUCAGACCACAAAUGCUGAAUAUGCAACAUCCAGGGAUAAUCCUUGGUUUUAUUGUUGGAUUUGUGCUGCCAUUGUAUCCUCGUGCUACGCAUAUACAUGGGACAUAAAAUUCGAUUGGGGACUUUUUGAUGCCAAGGCUGGCGAUAACACAUUUUUGCGAGAAGAAAUUGUCUAUUCAUCCACGUGGUUCUAUUACUUUGGCAUAAUUGAAGAUUUAAUAUUGCGUUUCGCCUGGACGGUCUCGAUGAGCCUAAUUGAGGCCGGCUACAUGGAGGGAGAUGUCAUGGUAACAUUGUUGAGCCCAUUGGAGGUUUUCCGCCGCUUCAUUUGGAAUUAUUUUCGACUUGAGAAUGAGCACAUAAAUAAUUGCGGCAAAUUUCGUGCUGUGCGUGAUAUUUCUGUGGCUCCCAUGGACUGUUCGGAUCAGACUACAAUACUGCGCAUGAUGGAUGAGGAGAACGGAGUGGUCAAUAGGCGUGGCAAGACGAAACUUCCUUCCAAGAAGAAAGGAGAACAUCGAGUGCUGCUUCAAGCGGAAUCCGUUGAUGAUCUGUGCUCUUGAAUGACUGACCCUUGGCUGUUAAUGAGCUUUUUAUUUAGAGCUGAAAGAAGAGAUAAAAACGUUUGCCUGUGAAAGUUGGAGAAGAGAAAACUAAAAGUAUGCACAAAAGCAAUAUGAUCCAGCAAUUAUUUGAGUAUUGUCGCCAUGGUGUUUCAUGGUUCACUAGGACUUGUUUGUAUUCUAGAGAUUCCAAUUAAGCUGAAACUGUAUAUUGACAUUUACAUAGACUUUCACUUUUACAUAUCUCUCCUAUUUAUCUACUUAAAUGCUAAUGUUGGUAUUAUUGUGCUCAAAUACUUUAUUUAUUCUGGGUCCCUUUUGUUUGUUUCCUUUAUUUCCUAAACAAAUUGUUCUGAUUUCACUUUGGUUGGAAAAAGUACAAAAGAUUCAAUUUUAGUAUGACCAAGUUUUUGUUUUGUGUACAACUUAGC